AUGGCUUCGGCUGCCAGAGUAUCCAGCCAGGCGUUCCAGAAUCCUGUUGCUACUUCGGGUGGAGCCCACACUGAAGUGGAUCUGAUACGUGGCCCGCGAAAUUUGAAUAUUCAUGCCAACUCUGCCAUUUCGAGAAAAGUGAUUCAGUGGACUACCUACCUCAAAGAUGAUCCUCCACCACCAGAACAUGACGAAAACAAAGAGAAGCCAACAGAUGACAUAUCUUCUUGGGACGCAGACUUUUUGAAAGUGGACGAGGGGACUCUGUUCCAGCUUAUUUUAGCUGCGUACUAUCUGGAUAUCGAGGGGCUUCUGGACGUUAUAAGCAAAACUGUUGCCAAUAUGAUCAUAGAUAGAGCUCCGGAGAAAAUUCGCCAAACUUUCAACAUAAAGAAUGAUUUUACUGCCUCUGAAGAAGAGCAG